UGCCAGCCAAUAAUGGUGGAACCAGUGAAGCUCAUCGGAGGCUUUGGCAGCCCGUUCGUCCACCGUGCCGAGGUCGCCUUGCGUCUCAAAGGAGUGCCCUACGAGCUCCUCCUAGAGGACAUGACCAACAAGAGCGACCUGUUGCUGAAGCACAAUCCCGUCCACAAGAAGGUCCUCGUGCUUCUCCAUGGGGACAAGGCUGUCUGCGAGUCUCUCCUCAUAGUCGAGUACGUCGACGAGGCCUUUGCUGGGCCACCCAUCCUGCCGACUGACCCUCAUGAAAGGUCCGAGGCCCGCUUUUGGUCCAAAUUCUUUGUGGAAAAGUGCUUGAUGUCGUUGUGGCUAGCGCUGUGGACGGAGGGUGAGGAGCAGAAGGUCUUUGUUAUGGACGCAAAAGAGAACCUCGCGGUAGUGGAGGCGCAGCUCAACAAGAAGAGGUUCUUCGGAGGUGCCACAAUUGGCCUCGCCGACAUCGCGGGUGCCAGCCUACUGUCUCGCUGGGCAAGGGUGAUGCAAGAGGUCGCUGGGGUGAGCGUGAUGACUGGCGAUGAGUAUCCUGCUAUCCACCGGUGGAUCAAGGACUACAACGCUGAUGAAGCUGUCAAGGAAUGCUUACCGGACAAAAACCAUCUCAUCUCCUACUUCACCACGAUCAGGGGAAAGUGCGUCUCCGCGGCCAAGUCCAUGCUACCCAAUUAUCUAGCCAAGAAGUAGUCUAAUCUGUGGGUGCCGCACAAAACACACAUCUUUUGGCGCACAAGGGUGUCAACAGGGAUAUCAAGCAAAGCGAAUCAGAUAUCGUUAGUAUUGAUGAAGGCAGAGAUCAUUUUUUGUUCAAGAUGUUUGAGUCUGAAGAUGAUUGUGUCAAUGUAGAUUUAACCAAAACAGAAGCAUAAGACAACUUCUUGUUUGAUGGUAUAAAAAGAUCAGACCAUUUUUCUAUUUUUUUUGGUUUUUACAUUUUUCUCUUUUUUCUCCUGUAACAAACACAACAACAUUCUUUUUUUGUGACGGAAAAACACAACAACAUUCAAUUACCUUAUUCAUUUUUCUUAUACAAUUCUAAGAGUAUUGAGAGCAAA